AGAAUUCUGUGGAUUUUGAUAAAAUUGUCAUCUAAAUCAGUCAACAGCAACCCCUUCUCGAAUGGCAUCGAUUGAAUGGCUUGGUUGGUAAUUACGAUGCAAGACAUUUUUCAAUGCAAAUCGCUAUCACAUUCAGAUUCAGACUUCUACUGCAAACAUAUUCACGCGCAACUUCUUUAUGAUGGUGGAGUGAGUAUUCGAUACUCGCAAAAGCAUCUACACUCAGUGGCUCCUAAUUCAUGAUUUUUGAAGGAGAUGCGAUGAACCAAUAAUUUUCGCCUUAAGUAUGAGUAGCUCUUAAAAACACUCAAAGGCUCUGUUUAUCGAAAUCAAAUGCAUCGCUAACUUGACGGAUAUACGUUACAUCACUGGUUUAAAGUUUAUCAUCCCUGCAAUUUCUAUAUCCGAUACACAAUUAUGUCUCAUUUCAGUACCGCUCAUGCUUUGUGGCCUAUGAAGGAUUGAUGUGGUUCUCACAAUCAGCUAGUGCUGACUUCCAUCUACGUAGGUCUUUUGAUCUGAGCCUCUAGAAUCUGGAUACCGGCCUGCAUCAAAAGAUCUUAUUCAUAUAUUCCCUGACCAAUUUAAUUAUUGUUGACAGCAUCUCCUUGAACGAUCAUCAGGUGUGCCAGGGAUUCUUACAUACAUCUCCUGCAAAACUGACCAAGAAAGAGCCGCACGCACCAAUUUAUUUUCAUUGCGUCGUUGGAGGUGUAGAAAGUGGUAAAGUGUAACGAGAAACCCUGGCAUUCCAUGUGCCAAAGUGCCAAUACAAUCAUUCUCCUUGUUGACCCGCUCACGCUAAGCCCCGUAAAGUAGAGGCAGUGGAUAUGUAACACCCGUUCUGGCAGGGUCAAGAGUGGAGGGAUUAGAGCUGAAUAUAUUACUAACAAAACGAACGAUACUACCGCCGUAAUUUUCGUGGACGAUUUCCAACAAUUGCUUUUCAACUUUUUGAGCCCAUCAUAGCUUCGAGCAAGAUGUCGACAAUCACGAGCGCCGCAACUGCAUCAGCAUCAAGUCAUUUGAUAGGCCCAUUGACUACAACUUAUACACCCACAGGCUCUGAUUGUAAUCAAAUUUUCUGGUCUCAAAAUCUGAAGAAUUCUUGGCUUGCUCAUGGUGCCAUUGGUAGCGGAAGUACGACUUGUAUGCCUAGUGGAUUCAAUCGUGAAACAGCAUACUAUUAUUCUCCGGGUGUCUGUCCAACAGGUUAUAGUGCCGCCUGCUCGUCAUAUUCCACAGACUCGAGUGCUACAAAAACAAUAGCUACUUGUUGUCCAACGUAUAGCAUCAGACCAAAUUAUGGAUGUGCGUCCUUUUUUACAGAAGAUCAAACAUUAUCGAUCAAUAGCGCAUUAUUCAAUACUGUAACUGCGGCAAGCACAACCUCAUACCCUGUCAUAUACGCCAGCACGACGAUAACUGUCACAUCGGGGGUUGACAAAGUGGCAGCCUAUGGUGUAAUCAUACAGAGAGCUUCGGACGAUCCUUCUUGGGUAUCAAGCACAGCUUCAUCUUCUACAUCUUCCUCAAUGGCAUCACCAAUUGGAAGUGGUUCAGCCGCUGUCGCAUCCGCAACUUCGUCUUCAAGCAAUGUAUCAUCAGCAACAGAUUCAGCAUCUUCGUCAUCUGCAUCAUCGAGUACAGGAAUGUCCACUGGUGCCAAAGCUGGUGUAGCCAUAGGAGUAGCUCUUGGUAUUCUACUCAUUAUAGCAGGAACUUUUCUGCUAUUUAGGAGACUCAGAAGACAACCUCGUGGAUUGCAACCUAUCCCUAUAAGUGAGCUUGAUGGACCAACGCAAUAUUACGAGAAACCUAAUAGCGAUGAAUCCUAUAAUAAUCCUCCCUAUGUCACGGAAGCUCCAGAUACGACGGUAUAUCAACGAGGAGGAGAAUUACAUGGCAACGAUAUAUCUUACGAGUUAUCCGGAAGUACGGCCACAGGGAGAUAA